GCUCAGGGUAAACUAGCGUCGGCCUGUUUGACGCUCAGGAAGUGGAUUAAACCACCGAGGAUCCCCGUAGAUAGCGACUGUCCCAAUGCGUGAGAGGGGUCUCUACGCCCACUGAAACCCUUGUUAAAACACCAGGGAAAGAUUUAUUCAAGAGGAUAAUGCUGAAUGGUUGCGCUCAUGAAAUUCACCAGAGACAUAUGCCGGUUGUUGGGACUCGGAAGCGGCCCUGCUGUGCAGCAGCAGGAGGAGCCGAUGGACUGUAUUGCUGCAACCUCUGACCCAUGUCAUGAUGCCACUUUAUCACAGAAUGCAUUAAAUGAAGAGGACCUGAGCGAGGAGGAAAAGGUCAGACGGAAAGCAGAGCGACGGCGAGCCAAGAGGAAGCGCCGCCGGAAAAAAAAAAAAGCAAGAGCAGAUCAAGCAAAAUGAUGGCGCUGAACAGGACGAUGAAGAGGAUGGCGGCGCAGAGUCUGAGCUGGAUGAAAGCGAAUCAGAAGCAGAUGUUGCUGAAGAGGAGAAACAAAGGGCAACAAAGGAGGAGAACAAAGAAACAAAAUCAGCUGUUCCUGACAAGCAUGUUAGCUCUCUGGUUAUGGCUCCCACAGGACUCAAAGGGCAGCAGAAGACAAAAGCCAAGUCAACUGAAGAGGAGCCAGAAUGGGAUGUGAGCAGUGCCUUCUUUGCUAAUGCUGCUAGCCAUAUCAAGCCCAAAGGAUCAAGUCGCAAAUCCAAAGAAAACAAAGAGAAUGAGGCCAGAAAAGAGACAAAUGGAACUGACAAUAUGACCAAGAAAAGUGCAUCACUGACGGAAAAAGGUAUUAAGCUGGUGCAGGAAGGGCAGUAUGCACAAGCAGUCUGCAUGUUUACAGAAGCCAUAAAGUGUGAUCCAAAGGACUACAGAUUCUUUGGAAACCGCUCGUAUUGCUAUUACUGCUUGGAGCAAUAUCCUCAGGCGCUGGGAGAUGCAGAACGCUCCAUCGAGCUGGCUCCAGAGUGGGCCAAAGGAUACUUUCGCAAAGGCAGAGCUCUCAUUGGUAUGAAGCGGUACAGCGAGGCUGAGAAGGCCAUGGAGCAGGUGUUGAAACUUGACAAAGACUGUGAGGAGGCAGUCAAUGACCUUUUUAGCUGCAAAGUCCUUCAACUAAUGGAGUUUGGAUUUGAAGAGAUGCAAAGUGUGUCAUUGCUGGAGAGAUUUUCAUCUGUGCAGGCUGUUCUGGCAUCUUGUUCAGAGUCAGCAAGAGCUGGAGGCCAAGAUGCAUCAAUUGUGCAGCCAGGAAGCCCUUGCCCAUCUCUUUGGGUAGGAAAUGUGACAACAGAGAUAACCGAGAAACACUUAUGGGACCUUUUUAAAAUGUAUGGCGAUAUAGAGAGUAUCCGUGUGCUGCAUGAGAGAUUUUGUGCCUUUGUCAAUUUUAGGAAUGCAAACAUGGCAGCCCGAGCAAUGGAAAAGCUAAAUGGGUAUUGCAUUGAGAACACGCGUUUAGUUGUUAGGUAUCCUGACCGCCGCACUCAGAGGGUCCUUCCUAUUCCACUUAGGACUUUUCUUCCCAUCACACAGCAGGCAGGGACAGCACCUGGUCCUCGAAGACGUGGUCCAGUUAAUGGAGAUGAGUGUUACUUUUGGAGAACCACCGGCUGCCAUUUUGGGGACAAAUGUCGCUACAAACACUUUCCUGACCAGAAAGGCAAGGACAGAAAACCCUGGCAGCCUUGAACUAUGUUCAAACUGUGCCUCGGCGGUGGAAUCGAAUUGCUCCAAAAUCUGCCCACAAAAGCUUGAACUAACCGCAUCGGGAUCUCUGGACUAAAAAUAUUUUGGUAAAAAAUUACAGGCAGGCAGAGGAGUUGGGAAUAGUUGCACAUUAGACAUGUAAGACUGAGAGCGCCAUGCUGGUUCUGUUACCCAGUGAUCUCAAUGGAUGCCUUUUCUCAAAAGUACAAAAUUAACCAUGGAGGGAUAAUGGUCACACUGGCAGCCCUAUAGGGACUUUUUCUCACUGGAACUUAACACUUGCUCACAGUUCAUGGAAGUAAAACUGUUUGAGGGGAUAGAAAAUCCUAACUCCCCCUUGUAUAAUACAGGUUUUAAAAAUACCUUUUAAUGGAUGUCAUAGACCUCGCAGAAUGCUAACCGACCCUCAGUUUGUGAACGCUGCUGCAUUUAGGAAAUGAGGUGUACUCAUUUCCUAAAUUUGCCUUUAUAUCACAUAAACAUGCAGGUUAUAUUUGGAGCAUAAGUUUGUGCCAUUAUCAGCAAAUAACCAAAGACAUUUCAGCACUUCCCCUAUGCAACUAAAUCAUUCAGCCUUGGGUACGAUUAUAUCGUCAACUGGACUGAAAGACAACAAAACAGGCGUAGAGAUUGUUGAGUCAGUAUGGUUAUGCUAAGGCCUGAUUAUCUUCAUAAUGCAUGUGAGGCAUAAUGAUGUCAAAAAUCUCAUGUAGCCUGAUGAAAACAGUGCCUCUUAAGAUGGUAAUGCCUCAUUUGGUGAGUCUGUCUGAGAAGUGUUCUUUUUUCUGUAUUGAAGGUUUGAGGCCUGUUUUGAUUUGACUGACUAGAUUUCAUGACAUGAGCUGUGAUAUGUUUCAGUUUCAGUUGGGUUCAUAGUUUUAAAAAAAAGCUAAAUCUGUUUAUCAUAACCAAACUAAGGUAUUUAGGUGUGCGUUUAGUAGAUUUUAUUAUUUUUUUGACCCUCAACUAAUCGUUUUGUGACAUUUGCUUUAGGUCUAUGCAAACAGUGUCAGAGAAUCACAUCUUCCUCACCCCGGGCAUAAAUAGACAAAUAAAAAUCAGUAAUAUGUAUCAUUCAUUCUUAAACCUUUCGAAAAUCAGUGUUCAUGACCUUGGGGCCUACAUGUCAGUAUUUCACUAGGCUGAAGAAUCUGAUGGCUUUACAUAGUUUCAACACUAGCUGGAGAAUUACACACUCGCUGGCAUGCUUUUUGUCACUUGCUCGGCAACAAGUACAGCUGAAGUCCACACUACAUUCACUAGUAAACUAUGCACUGCGUAGGAAGAGUAUUUAUUUUCCUAUUUAUACAUAUAUGCAUAUAUAUUUUUUAACAAGGGAUACUUUACAAACUUACAAACCCCCCCAGUUUGCUUAGAACCAUAUCACAUGUUGCACUUCUUCUUUCCUUUUAUGGUUUUUUGUGGUUAAAACUUGUGACAAUGGAAUCGGACAAAAACAACCCCCAGACUGCACUUGUUUUUUAAACAUUUGCUGUUUCCUCAUUGAAUUGAUGGUGUUCAGUAUUUGAAAUGAAAUUCUUUAAGGGUAUAAAAUUAUUUUUGGCCCACUAAUAUUUGAUUAAAGCAUGUUAUACUUAAAAUUUUAGUGUUUUUAAACAUUUCAAUCUGGACUUUUUUUUUUUUUUUCUUGUUCCAAGUACGUUUAUUCCCUCUAAGGAAUUAUUUUAUUUGAAGUUAUGUAUGUAUACAUACCACAAAGAGUGCUGAGGUUCUUUUAAUCUACCAAAAACUAUGUAUUUUUUUUUCUGUAAUGCAAAUAAGAGUUUUAUAUUUAAUAAAGAUUUUGUCCCAUCUGCUAA